AUGUCCCAUGCUUUGAGAAACUCAUUCAUACCGAAAAGAUCACCAACAGUCAUUUCAAGAAUCCUUUCAAGAUUAUCAUUAGAUUCAUUAUUAAAUCUUUGUUUAUUAUGGUGUUCAAUGCCUAUAACUUAUCCACAAUUAUUACAAGAUCAAUUAGAUGAAUUAGAACAAACAAAGGAAGAGUAUGUCCAAGAGUUCAUUGAUCAAAUCAAACAUUGGAAAGACAAGAGAACCAUAACGAAAAGGAAAGUUAUUGAUAGAUUAUUAGUUGAUAUUUAUCCAUAUGGUUUGAAUUUAUUACAAUAUGCACAAAUUGAUUCUCAAUUAAUUGUGGAAAAACAAUCAAAUUAUCUUUAUUGGCAAGUUUCUAAAUUAUUAGAUUCUAAAAACCAGAAUUAUAUAUUAAAUUUACAUUCACCACAAAAUUUUUUGGAAUCUUUAGUUGGAAAUUUAUCAAAAUUUUUCAUGAAUCAUAUUUAUAUUUCAAAUCAUCCAUAUUAUCCAUUAAUUAUAAUUAGAAUUCAAAUAUUUGAUCUUAUACAUCAACAAAAUACACCACAAAUUCAAAAAAUUUCAAAUUCUUUAAUAUCAAGAAAACCUUUUUUUUUAGCACUUCCACAAAAUUCUUCAAAUUUAAUACAUUCCCCCAUUUCAAUAGAUGAUCAAACUUCUCAAAUUAUAUUACAAUGUAUAUCAUCAUCAUUAUCAACUUCUACUUCACAAAUAAGAAUCUUACAACAAGAUAAAACUCCUCAAUUAUUGAAAAAUUUAGAAUCAUUGCAUAUUCUUUCAGGUAAUUCAAGAUUUAAAGAAUCUUUAGGAGCUUGGGCUCCUUAUGCUGAUGGAAAUAUUGAUAUUUCACCUUUUGAUGAUGUUCAAGAUCAUCAUACUUUACAAAAGACAGCCUUGAAAGAUGGUGAUGAUGAAGAAGAGGGUUCAAGAAUUGCAAAGAUUUCAAAAUUAAGGUUUAGAGGUACAUUAAAUGAAUUAAAAUCAAAACAAUUAUUUGAAGGUACCAAAAAAAGAAAACUUGAUGAAGAUGAUGAAGAAGAAACUUUAAAGAAUGGAUUCAAAUCAAUAGCACCGGUUCAACAAGUUGAAUUUAAUAUAAAACAAGAUUUUAAAACCCAAAGACCAAAAUUAAAAUUAAAAUUACAUGGGAAUGAUGUAUUUGCAGGACUUUUUGAAUUAUGUUCAAAGGGGAAAAUUAAUCCUGAAGAUAUACCAGGUUGGUUAACUGGUGAAGAAGGUUAUCAAAAUGGGGAUGUUAUCGAUGGAAUUUUCCAAAAAAAUGAUGAUAAAGAUGGGGUUUUGAUAUGA